AUGACUUCCAUCUCCCUACCUGCUUCGGUACCGGCCUUCUCGCCUUUCGAUACGACGCCUGCUUCUCCUCCGCGAUCGCCUCAAGCCCACAGACGACGACCUUCUCGAAACCCGAAUGCUCUUCCCCCUCUACCGAUCUUCUCCUUCAAUCCUGGUGCAGAUGAAAAUGCUACAGAUAUAGAAGAGAUGGAUUCGCCCAUCCAGCGUGCUAACCGCAUGGCUGGUGAUAUGAAUCGUCGCUCUACCAGGCCUCCGCCGCUCCCUGACUUCAAGUUCAAUCCAGGCGCCAAUCUACCGCCCGAGACAAGCCCAAAUCCGACUCAUCCUGUUCUUCAAGAGAUGGCCCUCAACAAGCAGCGGGUUGUUCGUUCUGCCAAAGCUGCCCCUUUGCCCGCCUUCACAUUUGCUCCCGCCGCAACACCUACGCAAACCUCUCCCAGUCCAACGAAAGCAAGCUUUGUGGACGCUCAACAGCCUUCCCGCAGUGGUCAUAGAAGAGGCGGAAGUGAGUUUGUAGGUGGUGGGACUGAUGGACCUCAGCUGGUUAGCACAAGCCCUGAAAAGCCGGAGUAUCGUCCACACCCGCCAAUAUCUGGAGUGAGGGGCCACGUCCACCGUCGCUCGCAGGCCGUUUCAAUCUCUGACAUUGAUACGUCCGAGCUAAUCAAGGCAAAUGCUGUGGCCAAAGCGCGAGCGGGUUCGACACCAACCACCACAUCCGACUGUCCACAAGCAUUUUCGUUCUCGCGGGCUAGUCCGUCGACCCGGCAGAUGAUGUCAAAUGUUGUUAAAACGCCUCCAUCCUCUCCUCGCCGCAGGGGGAGUCUCCCUGGAGUGCGACCCCGUGUGGGCUUUUCCGACCAUGUCGAUGUCAUACCCAGACCAUUGUCCAUGAUAUCCUCUGAGACCGAAGGUAGUAACUCAACUGUUCGGGGAGGGCAUUCAUUGUCUGGCAGCAUCAAUUCAAUCGCUAGUCCUAUCCCGCGCCCGACAUUCGUUGUCAGCCCGUCACAAGACACGACGACUUCGCCAGAGAGACCACAAACAGCAGAUGCGCUGUCUACACUUUCUCCAGGAAUGGCAUCUGAAAAGACAAAGAAUUUGUCUCUGAUCAAUCUGCCAAAACGCCCUCUCUCUGCCUCGGGAUCGCCUGGAACGCUCAGCUCAUGCAGUCCUCCCAACAAGAAGAAAUACUUUUGGUUCAGCCACUCCGGCAGCAGCUCACCUUCAAUCACGCCGAAAAUGGAGCGGAGCGAUCCUAUGGAUGUUUUCGAGUCUCCCUCUUCCACUUUGCGUACAACGGGCGGUGAGAUGAGACCUCGAACUUCCUCAGGCGAAUCAAUCACGAAGAAGCGGAAAUAUCAUACUUGGACAUCAGGCAUCUUCUCCAGAAAAUCAGAAAAGCGAUCCAGCAAAACCAAAUCGCAAGACCGCCCGGCGCCGCCCCCUCUCUCGAGGACCCCCAGUGAUCGAUUAAACGAGAUCUUCGAUGCAGACGAUACAAUCGUGAUUCGCGAUCCCUCCCCCGUUGCAACCAGAAUUCGAGCUGCUGCAGAAACAUUCGCAACACUGAAAGACUGGAGAUCAGGUCACCAUCAAGAACAGACCACCAGCCCUGCCAUCGACCUGGACGCUGCCCUUGGCCCAUUCGGAAGCGAAGAGAAGUUUGGCCAAGAUGGGAAUGUCAAACACUCUUCGAAGUUGGCAAAACUGCACAGCAGUGAACGUAGGGGAGCAAUGGAUGCUUUUGGUACGAUCCAUAGGAGGACCGAGUCAGCACCAAUUAUGCCUGCCGUCAAUCGCAACAUCUUCGGCUUACAUCAUUUUGGCAGUAAUGCUUCCCUUUCGGAAGAUGUCUUUGAUGAAGAGGAAGAAGACAAUUUCCUGGCUGAGGAGAAUGCGGCACAAACCACCCCUGUGGACGGAAGAAGCCUGGAAGAAUCUUCAGCCUCCCUCCCAUUGGGAUCUCCUAAUGCCGCGGCUGCAGACGGUCUCGGUCUGUUCAUUCGUGACAGCCCAAGCGACGGAGUUAUUAUCGUUGACUCUGAUGAUGACCUUGCCCGAGUCGACGCCAGGUCCUCCAACUCAACUAUUGAAGCCCCAGUAUUCCAGGACUUCGAACCUCGGAAGCGACCAUUGUCUUCACCUAUGAGUUUCGCAUAUCCGGCACCGCAGUCCCAUUACGCCUCCUCCACAGACGGACGCACAACUUCAGCGUCAAUUAUGUCUUCACCCGAUGCGGACCAUAUCUCCUUCGAUACCCUUUCCCGACCAUCCAGAUUGCUGGGAGAGUCAAGCCCUGACCUAAUCCUUCGGGCCUCCAACGACGAUCUUCCCUCAUUAAGUGACAGCAUUUCCACUGGUGCCGUGCCAAGGUUCUCCAGCAGUGCAGCUACAAGAUCUUCUGUCGAGCAACGUUCAGCAUCCAUGAUCGACCCAUCUACUUCCAGAUCGAACAAUCAACAGGCAUGGAAACGUUCGAGCCUGGCCAGUCUCAAUCGAUUCAUUCCUGGAUCUUCGCACGGUAGCAAACUCAAGUUUGAGAGCAUUCCAGACAAUAGCGACGCAGACGAACAAAACAGGAAGAAAUCGAACAGGCUGAGCAAGCUCAUGCUUUUCUGGCGAUCGAAGGAGAAGGCAGAGAAAUGA